GAUAACCCAGCCUAGCUUCAUUUUGGAAGACAGCUAGAGGGCAUUAUUGUCCAAAAAAAUAAAAAAUCUGCAAUGGUAUUCAGCAUGAUGAGCGCCAUCCCGCGGGGACCAUCGACACCGCCGCUAACGACAACACCAUCGCCGGCAACAUCGCUACCGGUCCGUACAAUUCCCGGCAGUCACGGGUGGCCUUUGUUAGGGCCGUUAUCAGACCGGCUGGACUAUUUCUGGUUCCAGGGCCCCAAGACCUUCUUCAAGAGCAGAAUUGAGAAGAACAAGAGCACGGUUUUCAGGACCAACGUUCCCCCCACUUUCCCUUUCUUCCUCGGCGUUAACCCCAACGUCAUCGCCGUCCUCGACGUCAAGUCUUUCUCCCACCUUUUCGAUAUGGACCUGGUGGAGAAGUCCAAUGUUCUCGUCGGAGACUUCAUGCCCAGCGUUAGCUUCACCGGCGACAUGCGGGUCUGCGCCUAUCUCGACACUUCUGAGACCAAGCACACUCAGGUCAAGAACUUUGCAGUAGACAUCUUGAAACGAAGCUCAGCUACAUGGGUUCCGACGCUUACAAGCAAGCUAGACACGAUGUGGGGAUCCAUCGACGCCGAGCUUGCAAAAUCCGGCUCCGCCGGCGUCUUAUCUCCGCUCCAAAAUUUCCUCUUCAGCUUCUUCGCCCUCACCCUCCUCGGAGCCGACGUAUCCAAGUCGCCGGAAAUCGCCAGCUCCGGCGCCAUCAUGCUCGACAAAUGGCUGGCUAUCCAGCUAGCCCCCACCGUCAAUAUCCCCGUUCUCCAACCCUUGGUAGAGAUUUUCCUCCACUCUUUCUCCUACCCUUUCUUCCUCGUCAAAGGAGAUUACCAGAAACUGGUUGAUUUCGUGGAGAAAGAGGCGUCGGAGGUGCUGAGCCGCGGCGUGACCGAGUUCCAACUCACCGAGAAAGAAGCCGUUCACAACCUCCUCUUCAUUCUCGGCUUCAACGCCUUCGGAGGGUUCUCCAUCUUUCUCCCUGUCCUCCUGGGCAAUCUCGGAGACGAGAAGAACGCGGGUAUCCAAGAAAAGCUGAGAAACGAAGUCCGGGAGAAAGCCGGCACCAACCCCGACAAUUUAAGUUUCGAGAAAAUCAAGGAAAUGGAACUCGUCCAAUCAUUCGUCUACGAAAGUCUCCGACUCAGCCCGCCGGUUCCGAGUCAGUUCGCGCGAGCCAGGAAGGAUUUCCAGCUGAGUUCUCACGACUCGGUGUACGACAUCAAGAAAGGAGAGCUCCUGUGCGGGUUUCAGCCGUUGGUUAUGGUGGACCCAAAGGUGUUCGACAAUCCUGAGGAUUUUGUGGUGGAGAGGUUUACGCAGGAGAAGGGGAAGGAGUUGUUGAACUAUUUGUAUUGGUCGAAUGGGCCGCAGACUGGGAUGCCCACUGCGGCGAACAAACAGUGCGCCGGCAAAGAUAUCGUCACUCUUACGGCUUCCUUGUUUGUGGCUUACGUUUUGCAGAGAUAUGACUCCAUUUCUGUGUCUUCUGGUUCUGUCGUAGCUGCCAAAAAGGCAAGCUAAUCUGAGUCUGGAAAAUGGAUCUGUGUACGUUAAUAUGUCUACAAAUUCAACUUUAAUUAAACGCUCCUAA